CUUCUGCUUCUUCUCCUUCUUUCCCCCAUCAUUUCCAAAAAAAUUCUUCAAACCACCCACAGCCACAAAUAUCAGCAGGUACGCUCUUCACAGUUCGCCGGAGCUCUCUGCUGCCGUAUCUGGAAGACGAGUUCCACCGGGAGGCAGGCUUUCGUCAGCCUUAUUAUUCUUAUCAACCGAAUUUACAGUACAUUACACAGUUAGUUGCGUCCUCAGUAUCUCUUUCUUCGGCCGUCUUCGUCCCGAUACGCGGCGGCGGAGCUCAUGACAGGUUUCAGGUUCCUGCCACUUCAGUGCUUCAAUUGCCUCCGUAAUUUUAUGAACUGAAGGUUCAGUUUGAUUUCGUAGUUUUAUCAGUUUUAAAAAGGAAAGGGUUUCUGACCAAUGGCGGUUACAGUGUUGGCGCCCUCGCAACCUGAUUGUUUCUCCAAGUCCAGUUUCCUUCCUCUGCCUAAUCCCUGUAGCCGUAGGAAAUCAUGGAUUCAAAUUUCAAACCCUAAAGAGAAAAUUAGCAACCCAUCGGUUUCAAUCUCCUGUGCUGCUCCCAAAAUUGUUCGUAGCCGGCCGCUAGACAAUCUCGUCGUGAAGCAGAACAGCAUUCGGUUUGUCCAAAAGCUCAGAACCCUACUUCUCUCCAAGCCAAAACACUAUCUCCCGAUACACAUCCUCGCCAAAUGCCGUUCUUAUCUCGGUCUCCCCGACCGUCGUCCCAUCAGAAGCAUGAUUCAUAGAUACCCUUCUAUAUUCGAGUUCUUUGCAAUCCCUACACAUCCAUCUCCAUUCAAUGCCACGAAGCCGCACAAUCAGUUCUGUGUUCGAUUGACCCUGGCGGCAGAAGCCCUAGCUGCUGAGGAAUCCAAGCUCCAAUCUGCCAUUUCUAUCAAACUGGCACAGAAACUGCAGAAGCUGCUGAUGCUUGCUUCUAACCGCCGGCUGGUUCUAACAAAGCUGGUCCACCUAGCACCUGAUCUCGGCCUCCCACCUAAUUUCAGGUCUCGCCUCUGCAACGAUCAUCCGGAUAAAUUCAAGAUUGUGGAGACAUCUUAUGGUCGUGCCCUGGAGCUCGUGUCGUGGGAUGAGCAGUUAGCUGUUCCUAGACCAACUCCAGUUGUUUCUCGCGAUUUGAUUAUGGAUAGGCCAUUGAAAUUCAAGAGGUUGCAGCUUAGAAAGGGAUUGAAUCUGAAGAGGCGGCAUGAGAGUUUCCUAAUUAAGCUCUCGGAACUGCCUGAUGUGUGCCCUUAUAAUACCACUAUGGAGGAAUUUAGUCAAGAGUCCAUGGAAGCGGAGAAGAGAGCGUGUGCUCUGGUGAGGGAGGUGUUGGGUUUGACAGUUGAGAAGAGGACUUUGCUAGACCAUUUGACACAUUUCAGGAAGGAAUUCGGGCUCCCCAACAAGUUGAAGGGUAUGAUUCUAAGGCAUCCGGAGUUGUUCUAUAUGAGCUUGAAAGGUGUGAGACAUUCUGUGUUCUUGGUGGAGGGUUUCAAUGAGAAAGGUAAACUCUUUGUGAAAGAUGAUACUUCAGUCAUCAGGGAUAGGUUGAUGCAUUUGGUUAGGGAGUCGAAAAGAAUGAGACAAGAGAGGCGUAAGGCUGCGAUGAAUAGAAGGGUUGAUGGAGCCUCGAAUGAUGUCAGUAACAGUGAUGGAUUUCAUGAUGUCAAUGAUGAUGAGUACGAUGAUGGGUUUGAGAAUAUUUUUGAGGAUUCGGAUCUUGAGGAUUUUGAUGUUGACUCAUUUGAAGGCAUUGGGGUUUGGGGCGAUAGAGAGAAUAUGGAUUUUUGGGCUGCAGAUGCUUCCUUUCUUUCUGAUCAUGAAGCCGGGGAAUCUCCCCCUGAACCAUGGUAGAGUUGGGAAAAGGUUGCAGAGUAAGCCCGAAUUCAUCAAACCUUGAGCUGGUUGACAGCCCAAAGCUGUGUACCAAGUAGUUUAUCUGGCUGGAUUCCUGUGAUUAAUUCAUCUCUCGGUUUCACAAACUGAGGGUGGAGCUCUGCAUAUACAUCUCCAACUGCAAACUGUUUCCAUGAUUCGGGCCUGUCGAGAACGUAGUUCGUGAGAGCAUCAGCGUGGUAGAGAUUGUGCGGUUUACAGGGCAUCAUAUGGAGUUGCAGGUCACAGAGUACGCGUCGGUGUAUUUUGUGGGGCUACAGAGAAUAGUGGUUGAUCAAGGUUUGAGCAUCCCUUUCAAAAGAAGCCUAUUGAAAGCCAAAAUGGUCAACCUCGAGUUCAAAUCGAGAGCACCCCUUUCAUUUGAAUUAGUAGUAGUUUAGCUAGCAGUAUUUUUCCUUAACGUCUUCAGUGCUGUGCAUGCCGCCAUUUAAAUGGCCUCAGCUAACUGUCUCAGUCACCUUACCUUGCCCUUUUGUGCUUAUAUUGAGUAUGUGUUGCUUCAAUCAUUUUAUUUAUAUUGGUAAAAUCUUUAUAUUAACCGGUAAUCCAAUAGGAGUUUGUUUUUGUCAUACUGCCG